CGGUUACGGUACGUGAUGUAUCAAAGUGUCAUCGAAAACAGUGAACGUGUUAGCUCUCCGUGUACUAAAAACCAAGCGAUACAGCACCUACCCUGUACUAAGUGUAUACGCAACGAACGAAAGUGAAAGUAGUGAGCGUGCGGUGAAGUAAUUUAGUGUCACACAUCGAAUCUAUACCACGACCACAACCUCGAAAGCCCGGGUUGGGUCUGUCCUGUGUGAGAAGCGAGUGAUUUUACCCGAAAUCAAAUCAUUCUGGCGUGCGUAUUUUUAUAGUAGUGCUGUACUAAAAACCGCCGUGCGAUAGUGUUGUUGCCCGCUGAUCGAUUGUUUCGCUUCGGCUUCGAACAAAUCGAUAUCGACGAGAUAAGCAAUAGAUUGGGUGUGUUUGUCGACGCGUCCGUGCCUGUUGCGGAAGUGUGCGUGUGCGCCCGGUGUACGGGAGAGAGAGUAAACAAAAGAAGAAGCAAUACAAGUCCGGAGCUGGGCAAAGAUUGCCCGGUCAACACAACGACGGUUUGGUGGAAUUGAUGCUUUCGGAGACAUCUCGGAGGCAACCUCUGGUGCGCUUUGCUUCUAAUUGAACCAAUCAGUGUCGCGCGUGUGUUUGUGUGUGUGGAAUCGGUUUGAUUAAUUGCGGCCAAAACGGGAUUCCAAUAAAUGUACUCCAUGGUGGAAUACUUCGGAGACAUGGGACAAAUCGGGCAGGACUACGGCUCCAAGAACUCGCCAACGGACAGCUCGAAUCUGGACCAUGUCACUAAGGUGAUCGCAUACCAUCCACGCUACCUGGACCACUUUCUAAACACACAGAAAUUUGUCAUGCAGUGCGAUGGACCGCUGGCGUACGAUUAUAGGAACUAUAUAGCUAUUAUGGCUGCUGCCCGCCAUAAAUGCACGUACCUGGUUAAUCUGUAUGAGGAAAUAUUCCUGGCGAACGGUGGCGACCCGAGCUGGUUGAACGGGCUCGAACACAUCCCGGCGAAACUGCGUGCCAUUUCAGACAUUAACAAAAUCCUUGCCCAUCGCCCAUGGCUACUAAACAAGGAACACAUCGAGCGGCUUACAAAAGGACAGAACAGUUGGUCACUGUCCGAGGUAGUCCACGCGAUUGUGCUACUCGCCCACUACCAUUCGCUUUCCUCCUUCGUGUUUUCCUGCGGGCUAACCCAGGAGCUGGACGGCGCUAGUCACAAAAUUGAAAACAACAACGUUCUCACCCAGAAGACUGCCUUCAAUCGUUUAAAUGAUCUGUAUAAUUCUCAGCAUCCCGAAAACCUCCCGAAUAGUGAUGAUGGUAAUAUCCGUCCGGAAGUGAGCGUCGAUGCAUUGAUGCAGCGUAUGAAGCGCCUGUCGGAGAAGAUUGACGAAUGUAGCGAAACGGAGCUGAGCAAUCGGUUCAAGCAUGUCGAGCAGCAAGCGGCUGAAUUGCCACCGGUUGUACGGGAGGCACCGGCUGAGGUGCCACAGCAGAUAGGCCGCUACGUGGACGAUCCGUGCUUCACAUAUCGGGAUUUCGCUCGUCGUGGUGCGGAAAACAUUCCGCAAACGUUCCGGAUACAGGACUACUCCUGGGACGACCAUGGAUACUCACUAGUUAAUAGAUUGUACAAUGACGUUGGGUUCUAUCUGGAUGACAAAUUCCGGGCGGCCUACAAUCUAACGUAUUACACGAUUGCAGGACGUACGAAUGUUGACACGUCCAAGUUCCGCCGUGCCAUAUGGAACUAUAUCCAGUGCAUCUAUGGCAUCCGCCACGAUGACUACGAUUAUGGGGAGGUAAACCAGCUGCUCGAUCGCUCGCUGAAGAUGUUCAUCAAGACGGCCUGCUGUUUCCCGGAGCGCAUCACCAAGAUGGAUUACGACAGUGUGCUCGUCGAGCUGCAACACAGUGAAAAGGUUCACAUCAAUCUUAUGAUCUUGGAGGCCCGCAAUCAGGCGGAGCUACUGUAUGCCUUACGCGAAGUUAUGCGAUACAUGACAUGAUUACCAACCGGCGCACGAAGCCCUUUGGCCAGUUUUGUGAGCUGCCUCACACCUACCGAGUGAUGGAGCACGAAUGUAAUUUUGGGGCGGAUUACGUUUGGGAGUUUGGGAAAAGCAAAUCAAGGAAUGCGUGAUAUAGGCAGGUAACGGAGGAGAACUAUGUAGGUCGUUUCGUGAAACGUUCAGGGGUGAGGUGUUUGUUGUUUUUAGAGAAGAGAAAGAAUAUUUGUGAGCGCAAAGUUGUUGCUGUUGUGUUAUUGUUGUUAACUAUUGUACUACCCGCUACAUUAUUGGGCGUGUGAAAGCGAAGCGUGAUAGGAUUGGAGGCAACUUUUCGAGUGAAAGCAGAAGUGAGACGGAGUGGGUACACGUACGCAAACGAAACCGGAGCCUUGGAUGGACCGGUGCAAGUGAUGUGCAAGCAAAUGGAAUAUUUAGAUGGGUGAUAUAAUUUUACAUAAACAUAUUACAUAUAUACACACACACACACACACAAACAAAAGAAAUGGAUGACCGCUCUUCGAUGCUGAGAGAACACGGCACAGUCCGAAAACAAAGUACUAAGAAUAUGCUGCUUGAUUCAAAAAGGAAGUAAACACUCGUUCAAACACACACACCAGCAUAUGCCACCGUUCCGAUUCGGGAGGAUGUUAUCAGGGGAAAGUAGAAGCAUAGAGCAGCGAGCGAAUCGAUUGGCAAACGACAGUAGAUGCAUGCGUCCAGUACUGACUACGACUACAGGUUACGCUCGGGCAAAGUUAAUGUAGAUAGUGUACCACUUCCUAUCCUUCUAGGUCCCGCGUACCAUUUUUUUCCAUUGGACGAUGUCCAUUUUUUCGGAUGAACAUUAUAUUUAAAAUAAAAUCAACUUUGUAUUACCUUUUGACGAAGCGCAUGCAGAGCAACACAAACAGAGCAUUGCGGUAAAGUGUAAACAUGCUGAGGUCGGAACAAACGCAUUGCCUAAGAAUGGCCGAUGACGAUAUGUAGUAUGGUGGCACAUUGCUAGCAUAACCUCCCUCCUCCCCCAUUCUGAUCUCACUGUGAUACGGUUUUACUUCUUUUGCAUUGCUGUUGUAUCAGGGUUUCAGUUCAGCAAUCAAACGAAAGAGUGAACGUCGGCUACUUUUUUAUGUAGGGUUGUAAUCAUUUGCAUUCAAUAUAGCUGUGUCAAGUAUACUGCUUCCAAUCAUGCCAUAGCGAAGGUGUCUUUGUUGCAAUUGUAUU